GCAGAGGCACAGCUGGCCCGGAUUGGCCGCGCUCGCUCCCUCCUUGGCACGGAUUGGCCGAGCCUUCCUCCUCCUCUGUCUCAUCUUCCUGGGGCACCGGCACUGCCCGGCUGCAGCUCCUCCACACUGACCACAGAGGGACCGGAGGAUGCCCACGCAUCAGCACUCGGUCGAUAAGAUGAGGAGACACUCCUGCUUUGUUUUUUUGUUCUGUGGGAUAUUUUUGCCUGGAAUCCUUGGUUUUCCACAGACAAAUACCUCAAUUGAUUGUGAUUCUCUGUUACCGAACUAUGAAGCUGAACCACAGACAUCUGCACCACCAUAUAUUAUUGCUGUAUCUUUUGAUAACUUUGAACCAGGAAAUGAAGUACAAGUCACUCUAGAAGCACUUGGAGAUGCUGGGUUUAGAGGAUUUAAUCUACAAGCUCGAGAAAUAGAUGGAGAUGUUCCUGUUGGUACUUUUAAAAUUACAGAUCCAAACACUAAAGGCUUGGAAUGUCAUAACAUGACGAAUUCAGCAGUAAGUCAUGCCAAUUCAGAUGUGAAACAGAAGGUUACAACAACAUGGAUUGCUCCACAUGAUGUUGAAGAGCUUCAGUUUAUUGCAACUGUUGUUCAAAAUCUGGAGAACUUUUGGGUCGGAAUUCAAAGCAAAACUCUCACACCUACGCAUUCUGAGUCAGUUAAUGCAACAGGAAAAAGUAAAAGGAAGCUUAUGAUCGAAUUAGAAUGUAACAAGCGUGGAGGGACUUACUCAACAGGCCGAUGCAUCAUGGUUGGACCUUCCAGUUCCUCUCAGAACAGUUACUCAAGCAAUCAGGGCGGAGUAGUCUACACAAUAAGCAAGAGUGGAUGUGGCCCUGGAGGUGCUGCUGGUGCAUAUGGCUCCCAUGCCUGCAGAGAUAGUGCAUCCUUAUCCAGCAGUGGUCUUACUUAUGGCCAGUCUGUCCCUUCAAGCAGUUCAGAUUCCAGUAAGAAGGUAGUGGUCGUUGCCAACAGCAACCCUUUUCCACCUGUGCGUCACACCUUCCCUCAGAGUUUGGGAAGCUCUGCUACAAGGAUCAUAGUACAGAGUGGACAAAAACAGCAAACCAGCAGCAGUACUUAUAUCCAGGGUUCCCAAGGCAGCCAGUCCUAUGGUCAGGUGUACAGACCUCAAGGUGGCAGUUCCUAUGGCCAGGGGUACCAGCCUCAAGGUGGCAGUUCCUAUGGCCAGGGUGGACCAAGUUACUCAGGCAGCAGCAGCAGCUCCUAUGGCCAGGGUUCCCAAGGCAGCCAGUCCUAUGGCCAGGGCUCCCAGCCUCAAGGUGGCAGCUCCUAUGGACAGGGGUACCAGCCUCAAGGUGGCAGUUCCUAUGGCCAGGGUGGACCAAGUUACUCAGGCAGCAGCAGCAGCUCCUAUGGCCAGGGUUCCCAAGGCAGCCAGUCCUAUGGCCAGCAGGGUGGAUCUGCUGCUUAUUUUGGCAGCAGUGGCUGUGGACAAGGUACCUCCUAUGAUAGCAAUCCCUGCCAUCAGGGUGGAUCACAGGGUGGUCAGCAGAGUGGAUCAUCAUCCUCCCAAAAUUAUGGUGACAACCAGGAUGGAUCCUACUCACAAAACUAUGGUGGUGGCCAAGGUGGAUCAUCCUCAGACACCUAUUAUGAUAACCAGGAGUCACAAGAUUCCUCAUAUGAUAAUAAUCCUAAUGCUUGUGAUGAUAAUGACAGUACCUACAGUUCCAAUAGCCAGCGUUCUGGUUGUGCAAAGAAGAAAGUUGUUGCCCGAGACACAUCACAUGUUUUAAGCAGAAGAGCCUAUGAUGUACAGAAUGCAUCUUCUCCUUCAAAUAGCAGCCAUUCUGACGUGCAGGGUGGAUCAUUUAUUGCAACCAGUGGAUCAAGUAAUCAGGGUGGUUGCAUUUGUCCUGAUGGAAGCAGUGGUCACAGACAGGGAGCCCCAGGUUCUUCAUACAGCACAUAUUCUGGUAACCAGGGAGGGCCUUUCUUCUAUCCUGGAGGAUCCUAUGGACAGGGCGGCCCAAGUUCUUCCCACAGCUCUUACUCUGGUAACCAGGGAGGGCCUUCCUACUAUCCUGGUGGAUCUUAUGGACAGGGAGGGUCUUCUUCUUAUGAUGGCAGCAGUGAAUCCUAUGGUCAGGGUGGAUCUUCUGUGUAUAGUGGUUCUGACACUUUUGGCCAGGAUUCAGCUUCCAUGGGAGUCAGUGAAACUGAAGAUAGUGAUUCCUCCUCACCGUCUGGGAGCCGCCAGAGUGAACGGGAUUUUUAUUCCCCAGGAGGCAGCCAGUCAGGUGGACAUGGAUCAUCUUCUCAAAGUGGUAGUUACUCCAGUGGACAGGACUCAUACUCAUCUGGAAGCAGCCAGUAUGGUGGGCAGGGUUCACCUUCCUCAGGAGGCAGCCAGUCUGGUGGACAGGGUGGAUGUGAUUGUUCUGGGGCAAAUUCUGGCGGAUCCUCUACUUUAGUCAGGAGUGAUUCCUCUGCAAAUGACUCAUCUUCUUCUGGAGGCAGCCAGUACAACAGCCAGGAUUCAUAUUCCUCUGGAGCUAGCCAGUAUGGAGGACAUGAGUCAUCUUCUUAUGGAGGCAGCCAGUAUGGUGGACAAGGUUCACCUUCCUCAGGAGGCAGUCAAUAUGGUGGACAGGGUUCACCUUCUUCAGCAGGCAGCCAGUAUGGAGGACAGGGUCCAUAUUUCCCAGGUGGCAGCCAUUAUGGAGGACAGGGUAUAGCUUCUUCAGGAAGCAGCCAGUAUAGUGGACAGGGCUUUUCUUCAGGAGUCAGACAGUCUGGUGGACAGGGUGGGUGUGUGUGCCCCGGUGGAGGUUCAGGCUCUUUCGCAGGAACCAACUACCAUGGUGGACAGGGUUCAUAUCCUGGAAGCAAUCAGUAUGGUGGACAGGGAUCUUAUCCCUCAGGAAGCAACCAAUAUGGUGGGCAGGGCUCAUAUCCUUCUGGAGGCAGACAACCUGGUAAACCAGGUUCCUCUUCCUCAGGAGGCAGUCAUCAAGGAAAGCCAGGUGGCUCUGGCUCAGGAAGCACUUACUCUGGGAAACCGCAAUCACCUUAUUCAGGCGGCAGUCAAGUGAGCUCUGCUGGGAAACACUCCACUCCCCAACUCCUGAUGUUAUUCAGUGUUUUGAGUGCCUUUGCUCUCUCUGCUGCGGUAUCAAAAUGGUCUAUAUGAACUUCUGAAAUGUUACUUGACAUCCUAAACACGGAUUGUAUUCCGUAUUAUUAGAUAAUGGAAUGUAAGAAAAAAUACCAUUAAGUCAAAUUGGCAGAUGCUACUUGGCUGUUAUGUUGCAUGUCUAGCUGGUAUGUCAUGCCCCUCAUUAGUUUACCUCUGGUUUUAGUCAUGAGUAGAUAUCAUUAGUUGUGUCAGUGUUUUAGGCAUCAUUUUAAGAGAGCACAUUGUACCCUACCUAUAUGAUUUAUUUUUAUUUCCAAUAGGGAACAUAAUGAACACCUACCUGAAACAAUUGGUGUGACAAAUUAAUACUUAGAAAAUAUUUGGUUAUUAACCAAAGUGGACAAGGUGAAAUAAAUUGUUGUAUAUGCAAACUGAACACUGUGCAUGGUAAUCAUCGCAUAAGAUAAAGUGAAUAUAAACUUCUGAUAAGCAAUUCUCCAUGGGACAGAAGAAAAGAUGCUGAAGUAGUAUCAGAGUAUUGGUUUUAGUCUUUUGUAAUCAAAUGCAAAUUCAAUAUGGAGAUUGAAAAACAAAAACACUCCAAAGGACUUAAAAUUUUUUGGGUUAAUUAAAGUUUAUUCAUUAGAAAAAUGAAACAGCUCAGAGCAAAGAUAUUAUGAACUCCAUUCAAACUAACUACCAAUACCUAGAGCUCUGCAGAGAAACAUAUGAGUCAAAUGUACCCCAGAUUAUGCUGAUAAAGUCUGCUGAAAAAGAAAGCCUUUUUGCUUGGAAGGAAUAGAAAAUUAAUUAAAUUCAUAAAACCAA